UUUCAGAUCAGAUCCAGUGAUUACACGUCGUGUGUGUGUCGGCCCGGCUUUCGGCCAGAUUUGGCCAAAUCUUCGGGAGUAAAGCUUUACUGUAUUAACGAUACCAUCGAUUGUCCCAACGAUUCCAAACCCAUGAAUGGCUUUCAAUGCGCUAAUUGUUUAUCGGGUUUAUAUGGCGGCCAAAGUCACGACAACGACAGCGAAUCCCACUGUCUGUGUCCUGAGCGCCACUUUUUGGUCCAAAGUGUCAAUCAAAUGAACGACACUGUCGUCGAUCUCAAGUGCGAGAAGUGUCCCAAACAUCGCAUCCUCGCGAGUGAUGGCAAGUCUUGUAAGCCGUGUCAUCAAAGCUAUAUCAGAGCGUCGGGAGAAUGCGUUUGUCCGAAGACUUACGUGGAAGAGGACGGCAUGUGUCUGCCAGAGGGGCAGCUCUUCACGAAAGACUAUUUGAAUGUCAUAUCACUGAUUGAAUCCGAGACACCAGACAAACGAUUUAUAUCCGAUUACUUCUACCGUCGGUCCAGACCUGCGGUCCGGAACUGCAAAUACGAGUCCAACCGAACCGCGUGUCAACUGUUGGCCAAUCUCUGCGUUUUAUACCAUUAUUCCUAUUCUCCGGACACAAGCGUUGAGUCCAAUGUCUGUAAAAUAGUGAGGGAUUCGUUGCCUUUAACUCUUGCGCCGAACAUCUAUUAUAAGGGAUAUUUCCGAAAUGAAUUGCAACAAAACAAUGUUCCCAAUCAUUUCAAACUCAACUAUAGACUAGACGUUGAGUCCAAUGUCUGUAAAAUAGUGAGGGAUUCGUUGCCUUUAACUCUUGCGCCGAACAUCUAUUAUAAGGGAUAUUUCCGAAAUGAAUUGCAACAAAACAAUGUUCCCAAUCAUUUCAAACUCAACUAUAGACUAGAGUUGAUUGCCUCCCGGUUUGCCAUCGAUGGCCAACUUAUUGAUUAUUCAGAUCUUAAGCCCAAAGAAUUGCAAUUAUGUUACGAGAAUGAAAAGAGCAGUGAAAGAGGUUUUGUUUUCAAUAAUAAUUUUAAACAAAGUUGUGUCCGAACGACAAGAGAAUUAUGGGAUGAUUACAAGUCGAAGAAUAUAUUCUUUGAAUUAUAUCUCAAGAAUACGAAUGGAAACAAUGGAAUCAAUUUAUACCCGAUUCCGGUUCUGAUCCGAAAUAUUAAGCUAAAUCACGUGUCGGUUAACAAAGACAUCGAUGGUUACGAUACGGGCGAAGAACAGCAUUCAGUGGUUCUGACCAAUCGUUUCUAUUUAAUUGAUUCCAUAACUGGUAUCGAGAAGUCUUCGGAUGACAUGAAACUUGAUUACAACACAAUUCAACCGAAAUUCAUACGAAUCGCCAAAUCUAUUGAAAUAGAUGUAAGACUUCGCAAACAAGACGGCUCGGGAUCUAUAUAUCCGCCACUCAUUACCAUAUUAUACGAAACCCUAUUCAAUUCGCAAUCAAGUAUUCGAUGGACGACUCGAACCCCAAACGAAUUCAGUCCAAUUAACAACCGUAUAAGACAACACGCCGACAACAGACCAGAUAUAAGUCCUGGACCACAACCCGCUUCUCUUUGCCGUUCUAACCGUAGCUAUACUACUGUUAGCAACUCAAGGAGCAGUUACGACUGGGAGAGACCUAAGAAACGGGACACCAAUUCAAUGGUGUCAAUAGCUGUACACAAACCAGAGAUUGGUUUAACCGACAGUCAAAAAGAGGACAAAUUGAAUGGUGACGAACAAAAUAAGCGCAGAUUUAGCCUAAGCGGGUCUCUGUCUUCUCCGUCACCCAAACCUGAUAAUUGUUGGCAUAUUCUGUUGUGCGGCUGUUGUCUGGUCUAUAUUCAGGACCUGAGAAACGGCAAGAUUGGCAUCGAUAUGAUGACAAUCGUUGAGUUCCUCGUCAAUGCCAUAGCGAUGAUCGCCAAUAUGCAAUCAGUGGUCGACACUAUGCUCUCCACUGAAUCACAAGAACAUACUUUAAAAACUUAUAUUAUAGUUGCGUUAGCGUUGAAAUCAAUUCAUCUGAUAUACAAACUGCUCGUCAUAUCUAACUGGGAGAGACCUAAGAAACGAGACACCAAUUCAAUGGUGUCUAUAGCUGUACACAAACCAGAGAUUGGUUUAACCGACAGUCAAAAAGAGGACAAAUUGAAUGGUGACGAACAAAAUAAGCGCAGAUUUAGCCUAAGCGGGUCUCUGUCUUCUCCGUCACCCAAACCUGUAUUAGACAAGUUGUCGUAUGAGUUCCCAAAAGUAACCGUUUGGAGGACUAAUUUCGUGGCCAAUGAAUGGAUGGAGUUGUGCGGACACAGACGGCUCAGUCUUAGUAUUCAUAUAUUUCUUGUAAUCCUUGUGUUAGACUACUUCGGAUGUGCAAACUUAGCCCUCUCUGAUCCGAGCAAUUCAUUGACAAGAGAUGAAUCGCAACGAUAUGUAAUCCAAAGCACGACCGGACGGAUAGCAGUUGGAGGACUUGUGUAUGCGAUUCUGGCGCUCCUUAAUAUUGCAUUUAAGAAAUUUAUUUACGAAACUCUUCUGAACAAUAAAAUGCAUCAAUUUGUCGAUCUGUGCUCUAUAAGUUUGUUUGCGAUGCAAUACAAACGGUUUGGUUAUUAUAUCCAUGGUUUGGCGGCUAAUGGCAAAAGUGAUGUAAAUAUGUUGGAAAUGUAUGAACAACUGGAACGAGAAGAGAGCGAUCUUUGCUCUAAACGAGGACUUUUACCGAAUACAGACCAACAGACUUUUGAGAUGUCUUUGCCCUUAGCUAUUGAUGAACACUACCGUAGGGUUCGCUCAAAUUUGUCCGGUUUUGUCAAAAUAAGUGACAGAAUGCGUUCAUUUGGCGCACACUUAUCCAAAGCCGACACCGAGAAACUCAUCCCAACUUAUCUCAUGAUCAAUAAAUUUCUCACUGGUUUUAUUGAACAUAACUUUAAAGACGUUGAUUAUAUGGUCCGCGAAAAGUCUACCAUUGAGUCCAUAUUUGAUGUCGAGUUCGCCGAUACCAGAGAUAAGGGAUACUUUUACAGCGCAGUAGAGGGAGGACAGGGAUGGCAUGUCUUGGGGCGCAUGACUCGCAUCAAUUGGGCCUCUAUUUGGGUU